UCCCUGGGGUGUGCGGGGCCAGGCAGUCACUGGGCAGGGCAGGGACUGCCCCAGGGAGAGGCCCCAGCUUGGGGUCCAGACCCCUUCAGUGCCCAGGGAAACCCACUCCCACUGAUGGUAGCUAGUCUGUCACAAGUCUGGAAGAUGGCCUGACUGGUCCUCUGCCUAUCAACACCCUGUUCUGCCAUUGCCCCACGGGUAGAUGGGUCAAGGUCCCCACAGGGACCCAAUUAGGUGCCCAGAAAUUGAGAAAGCAGAGAAGGGGGCAGAGAAUGCACUUAUCUUCAGAAAUAUAUAGCUGAGUUCCUUUCUCAGGGGCCACUGGGGAAAAUCAGGUUCCCCUGGUAACCACGUGGUUCGAGUGGGCUCACCCUGAGGCCUAGGCUGAGGGGGGGUGGUUAGGGCCUAGCCUGAGACACAGAAUCGCUCCUCCCUCCACUCAGCUCCUCUGGCCCUGGAGUCUCAUUUUCCUACCCGGGAUGGGGAGGAACUGGGGACCACACCCAGGCCUAAUGUCUGUGAUGUGGGUGGGGCCUGGGAAGGGAGUGUGGGUGUCUCUUCUGGAGCCAGGGCCUUGGCCACUUCCUGACGCUGUAGGCUACCACUGCUUGGCGGAGGGUUGGCUCCGGAAAGGCUUCUCCCUGCUAGCGAGGCCCGGGCUCCUUUGUUCCUCCCCAGCCUUCUCACACAGGCAGCCUCCUGAGCCUCUGUGAGUCUGCUGUUCCGUAGAGAGCACCAGGCUGCCGCAGGUGACAGAAUGGCACAGCUUUGCCUAGCCUGCGGGUGGCCUCUGGCCCGCACUCCUUGCUAGCCCCACUGCCUUUUACCUCCUCUCUUGCCUCUGCCCCAGCCACCUGUCACUAUGGCAGCCCUGAUUGCGGAGAACUUCCGCUUCCUGUCGCUCUUCUUCAAGAGCAAGGAUGUGAUGAUUUUCAACGGCUUGGUGGCACUGGGUACCGUAGGCAGCCAGGAGCUGUUCUCCGUGGUGGCCUUCCACUGCCCCUGCUCACCAGCACGGAACUACCUAUACGGGCUGACGGCCAUUGGAGUGCCUGCCCUAGCGCUCUUCCUCAUCGGCAUCAUCCUCAACAACCACACCUGGAACCUGGUUACUGAGUGCCAGUACCGCAGGACCAAGAACUGCUCGGCUGCCCCCAACUUCCUGCUUCUAAGCUCCAUCCUGGGCCGCGCGGCCGUGGCCCCUAUCACCUGGUCCGUCAUCUCUCUUCUGCGUGGAGAGGCCUAUGUCUGUGCUCUCAGUGAGUUCGUGGACCCCUCUUCUCUUACGGCCGGGCCAGAGAACUUCCCUCGAACUCAUGCCUUGGAGAUCCUGGCCAGGUUCCCUUGCGGCGAGGGCCCAGCCAACCUGUCGGACUUCCGGGAAGAGGUUAGCCGCAGACUCAAGUAUGAGUCCCAGCUCUUCGGGUGGCUGCUCAUUGGCGUGGUGGCCAUCCUGGUGUUCCUGACCAAGUGCCUCAAGCACUGCUGCUCGCCGCUGAGCUACCGCCAGGAGGCCUACUGGGCGCAGUACCGGGCCAACGAGGACCAGCUCUUCCAGCGCACGGCCGAGGUGCACUCCAGGGUGCUGGCUGCCAGCAACGUGCGCCGCUUCUUCGGCUUUGUAGCUCUUGACAAGGAUGAUGAGGAGCUGGUUGCCAAGUUCGCGGUGGAGGGCACACAGCCGCGGCCGCAGUGGAAUGCCAUCACUGGGGUCUACCUGUACCGCGAGAACCAGGGCCUCCCGCUCUAUAGCCGCCUGCACAAGUGGGCGCAGGGUCUGGCAGGCAACGGCAGGGCCCCCGACGGCGUGGAGAUGGCCUUGUUCAGCUCCUGAGGGCCCCAGGGUCCUGCUCUCCACACACACAACCACCUGGGCCAAGCUGAAGCAUAGCAGCUUGAACAGAAGCCUCCUGCCCCUGGUUUUUGGACAGACAGGGUGAAGGGACAUGGUGUAGUCUGGGGUACAGAGUUCCAGUGGGAGACGUCAGCUCUGCAGGGGACCCUCAGAUCCAAAAACCCCUCCCCAGAUCCUGUCGCCACCAGCCUGCUUGGUUCAUUGGUUCACAGCCUUUGGGAAAACCCUCCCAGAACUGGUCCUCUCUAGCAGUGCACCACAAUGAACUGUUGGUGGAUUGCGAGCUGAGAAGCCCCCAGCCUGGAGAGCCGCUGAUGCAGUUAACUUGUGUCUAACUGCAGGGCACAGGGCUUGGCGCACUGCUGGAAUGCUGCCUUCACGGUAGGCCUUUGGCCUGAUUUUAUAUAUUUAAGUUUUCAUAAAGCUUUUCAUACCACAGCAGACUAGCCUAGCGUCUGGUGACCAAAGGAGCAUGGCCACACCCCACGGGAGGGCACAGAGCUAAACUGGGCCACACGGUGAUGGUGAUGCUGAUGCUGGGAACCCCUGGGGUGAGAUCUCUAGGCACCAGGAUUUGGUGAUACGAUCAGGGUCAGAGGCAGCUGGCCUCCCUUGGAGGCAUUUACUAGGCUGUGGCAUGAGGCAGAUCCUGCCUGCAGGAUGGAACUAGCCCUGCCCAGCACAGGGACCCGCCAGCCCUGCCCCCACCU